GAACAAAGAAGCAUUGCUUAACAAAAAGAAGUUUGUGGGAGCAUUUUUAAUCAAUACACUUGGUUACAUGAGGAUUUCUCUAAGAAAAGAAGUAUGUCAGGAAACCAUGAAUGCCAGUUUUAUGUUUGGGCAAUUCUAGCCUUCUUGGGUUUAGCUCUGGUGAUAUCAUUGAUCUUCAAUGUUUCCUACUAUGUGGAUUCACAUCGAAGAGAUAAAAUAAACAUGGACUACAGUGACUACAAUCCCAGGGAAGAUGAGAAUGAUAUUGAAGACAUACCAAUUUAUGGUAAUUUAGAUAGUGUGAUCCCAGAAACAAUGGAUGAAAAUUGCUAUGAACAAAUGAAAGCCCGACCAGAGAGAUCCGUGAAUGAACUACAAGAGGCCAGCCCAUCUGCACAGGUAAUAAGUGAUCCAGAGAUGUUCUAUGCCUCACUAGAUCACAGCAAAGAGGGGCAACGAAGAAAGCCUAGGAAACCAAAUACACAUUUGCCAGACAAGAAUGAAGAUAAGCUGUUACAUGAAAUGGAUGCUUGUAUUUCUCAGGCCACUUUGGUUGGCAAUUUCCCACCAGAAAGCCAGAAAAUUGAAGAAAACAUUCAUGAUGAUCCUGUCAGACUUUUCGGAUUGAUUCGUGCCAAGAGGGAGCCUAUAAAUUAGGUAAACUGUGUUCUAGCUCAAUGACUCACUUCUGGACAGCGUGUAAAAGGAAACAAGAUCCUGCAUGAUAGCAUGAUUUGCCAGGGCGAUUAACUGAUCAUUUUGUUGGAGGGAUAGUGGCUAUUUCAUAUCCAGAGUUUCCUCU